AGAGAGAGAGAGAGAGAGAGAGAGAUAAACAGUGAACAGGUGGGAGGCAGAUCUACGCACGCAUCGCCUUCGAUCUUCGAAUCGGAACGCCUUGAUCGGCAGCAAGUCCAUUCCUCCUUCCCUCUCGCGAGAUCCCAUUUCGCCGGCGCGCUUCGCUCUCGCCGCUUCGCCGUCGCCGCUUCACGUCGUUCGGAGUGCUCCCGCCGGUGUCGCCGCCGCCGCCGUACCGUCGGAUUCCCUAAGCCGGGAUCGGCUGAAUUCCCGCGUGCCGCGCGAGGCGAGCGAGUUCGGCGGACACCCAGUUGGCCGAUCGAGCCAGCGCCCCCGUUUUCUUGGAGGUUUCGAGGAGGGUCGGGUCGGGUCGGGUCUCUUGGGUGGGCGCGCGUCUGCCGAGCUCGGGAUUCCAAGAACUCGCUCUCUCAGUGAUGGAGAGGGUUCUUGGGCGUUAAAGUUUGAGUCUUGACCUGGUUUGAGGAUCGAGAGCUUGCUUUUCGCGGGACAUGAUUGGGGCACGGUUUUGAGUUGGAGGGUUUUUUGUUGCGGUGGAAACAUGUUUUGGAGGGGACGUGAGAAGGAGGUCAAGGAGCAUAACGGGGGGCUGCCUUGUGGGCAGGUCCGAGUGCUCGUCGUUGGCGAUUCGGGUGUGGGAAAAACGUCUCUCGUCCAUCUGAUUGUCAAAGGAUUUUCCAUUGCCCGUCCUGCCCAAACGAUUGGUUGUGCAGUUAGUUUGAAGCUUAUUUCUGAUGGAAACUCUGGUAGCUCUUCGACCAGCAGUAGUGGUGAUGCUGACAGAGAUUUUUUUGUUGAACUUUGGGACGUGUCAGGCCACGAUCGUUACAAAGAUUGCAGAUCUCUUUUCUAUUCUCAGAUAAAUGGUGUUAUUUUUGUCCAUGAUCUCUCUCAAAGAAGGACAAAAUCAAGCUUGCAGAAAUGGGCAGCUGAAGUAGCAGCAACUGGAACAUUCACUGCUCCUCUAAGAUCUGGAGGUCCUGGUGGCCUUCCUGUUCCAUACCUUGUUAUUGGUAACAAAGCAGAUGUAGCUGCAAAAGAGGGCAUAAGAGGAAGCAGUGGUAAUCUCGUGGAUGCUGCCCGCCAGUGGGUUGAGAAGCAAGGUUUACUGCCAUCCAGUGAGGAACUUCCACUGACAGAGACAUUUCCAGGCAGUGGUGGACUCCUUGCGGCUGCCAAAGAAUCAAGAUAUGACAAGGAAGCUAUAUUGAAAUUCUUUCAGACGUUAAUCAGGAGAAGGUAUGUCUCAGAUGACUUGCCUUCGGCCAACCCAUGGUCUGUCUCUCCAGUACAGAGAACUACCCAGCGUUUGGAUGAUGAUUUGAGUGAUGAUGAACAGUUUUACAAGAAUACGAGUGUGAACAAUGGUGCCUACAACUAUAACUCUCUCCCUCCUCUCCCAGCACAGCAUAAUCUUACACCACCUCCCACUUUGUAUCCUCAGCAGCCAGUUUCGGUAUCUGAGAACUAUACAUUUCCGAGAUUUUCAUACAGUAGUUCCUCUGAAUUCACCAGCACAGGCAGAUCAAAGCGUGCCGACAUCAACGUGUGAUAGUGUCUGCCAUCUUGCAUCUUGGGACAUGAAUGGACCAUGCCUCGCUAUUGGAAAUGUGGCAUGAUUUCUUCAAUUUGUUUCCUUUCCGCUUGUAAUGGGGUUGAUAGAUUCUUUCUUUCUUGGGUUUUGUUGCCUUAAGAGGUGUCCAGUACAGGUUUAGAGAGCAUGUAUGAUAUCUAGAUGAAUCUGAAGGUACAAAUUAUUUGUUGCAAUCAACUUGUCACACUAUUUUUCAACCUAAUAUAAGAAUCAUUCUUUCCAAGGAAAA